AUGUACAUAUAUAUAUGUAUACUUCCGAUAGUGGGAAAUAUAGGACCAACGUUUUUGCGUCUUCAGUCAAUAAGCGAAUUGAUCAAGACCACUUAUAACUUACAUCCUAAAGCCAAGUACGUUGGUAUGUUUGAGAUGAACGUUCCAAUUGUGGUAAUUCGCGAUCCCGAGCUUAUUAAAUCCAUCGCGUUAAAACACUUCGCUAAUUUUAUGGAUCAUCGCAGUUUUAUAAAUGAAGAUCAAGAUCCAGUAAUCGGCAAAAAUCUUUUUGUUCUUCGCGGAGAAAAAUGGCGACAGGUACGGUCUAUAUUGAGACCAGCCUUUACAUCAAGCAAAAUGAAAAACAUAUUUAAGCUAAUGUCGGACUGUGGUGUCAAUUUCGGUAAUUAUUUGGCGCAAUUGCCACCGAAGCAGAGAAUACUGGAAGUGAAAGACGUCUUUACGAGAUAUACUAACGAUGUGAUUGCUACUUGCGCUUUUGGUGUCAGUGUUGAUUCCACGAAAAACCCGAAAAACGAAUUCUAUAUAUACGGCAAAGAAGCGACAGUUUUUAACACCACUGCUUUUAUAAAGUUUUACAUAUUUAGAAACUUCCCUUGGUUGGCACGAUUAAUUAACUUGAAAAUCAUUCGACAAAAAAUAACGGAUUUUUUCCGAGACCUUAUAAAAACUACUAUAAAAACUAGGGAUGAAAAUGGUAUCGUUCGCCCUGAUAUGUUGCAAUUGAUGAUGGAAACCCGAGGUAAAGAAGGCAAGGCAGAAUUGAGUACCGAUGAUAUGGUAGCACAAGCAUUUGUCUUUUUCCUUGCUGGUUUCGAGAGUACUUCAACGUUAAUGAGUUUUGCCGCUCAUGAACUCGCAAUAAAAGAUAUACAAGACAAACUUCGAAAGGAAAUCGACCAAGUUUUAGAAGAAACGAAUGGACAAGCACCUUAUGAAGCGAUUAAUGGUAUGGAAUAUUUAGAUGCUGUAGUCAACGAAGUUCUCAGGAUAUAUCCGAUUGCUGUAGCAAUGGAUAGAAUAUGCGUAAAAGAUUUUGAGCUGCCACCAGCAUUACCAGGAUUGAAACCAUUUGUUGUAAAGAAAGGACAAGGCAUAUGGAUACCGAUUUAUGGACUUCAACAUGAUCCUAAUUACUUUAAGGAGCCGGAGAAGUUUGACCCCGAACGGUUUUUUGGUGAGCAGAAGAAGGAAAAUCUCAACUGCGGAGCCUACCUUCCUUUUGGUCUUGGUCCCAGGAUGUGCAUAGGUAACAGAUUUGCAUUGUUGGAAACAAAAGUUAUACUUUUCCAAUUACUGGCCCGUUGUGAUUUAAAAAUCUGCGAGAAGACGCCAAUUCCAAUCAAAAUCGCUAAGAACAGCUUCAACAUAAAACCUGAAGGCGGUUUCUGGCUAAAGGUGUUACCAAGAAAAGAUACGCAUCACACUCUUGCAACUAAUCACGUAAAUGGAACACGCUAAAUAUAAAAUGAAAACAAUGAAAACUCAAAU